AUGUCGUCCACGAAGACGCAGACCAGCACAAAAUGGUCUGUAGAGUACGACACUGUUAGAAGACAGAAACUCUUCAGAAACACGCCGAAAGAUCGCAGCGCCUUUCCAGCCCUCCAAGCUGCCGUCAAACCACACAUCGAGUCAUUCAACGCAUUAUGGGACGAGAAGUUGAUCGACGCAGGCUUGAAGGACAUUGGCGUCUAUACGGUUGUGGAUGGAGACCUUCGGAAUCCCAGUCGAACGAUACCCCGGAACAAGCUUGAUUUGAGAGUGACGGAGGUUAUGUUGGACAAAGCUGUUCUGCCUGCCUCCAAUAAGUUCAGCAUUCAAGAUCGAAACAUUUAUCCCUCGGAAUGUCGGGAGAGACAUGCCACCUACCGUGGAAAGCUAAGAGCAAGGCUACAAUACAGAAUCAACAAUGGAGAUUGGAAGGAGUCUGUACGGGAAGUUGGCCAGAUGCCCAUCAUGCUGCGAUCAAACAGAUGUCAUCUGGAGAAAUUCUCUCCCGCCGAGAUGGUCCGCCAUAAGGAGGAAUCGGAAGAGUUGGGCGGCUAUUUCAUCGUGAACGGAAACGAGAAGUUGAUACGCAUGUUGAUUGCGUCCCGGCGAAACUAUCCCAUGGCCAUUGCCCGAAAUGCUUUCACUGCAAGAGGGCCGACCUUUUCAAAAUUCGGUAUCCAGAUUCGCUCCGUCAGGCCCGAUCAGACCUCCCAGACCAAUGUUCUUCAUUAUUUGACAGAUGGAAAUGUCACCUUUCGAUUUUCCUGGCGGAAGAAUGAGUAUUUGGUGCCAGUGAUGAUGAUCCUGAAGGCUUUGGUUCAUACAAAUGACCGAGAAAUCGCUGAAGGCAUCAUCGGCACGUCUUCUAGCACUGCCACGCCGAGCUCCUUCGUCUCUGAUCGCGCCGAACUACUUCUGCGGACAUACAAAGUCUACAAUCUAAAGACAAGAGCCCAAACCCUAGCCUAUCUGGGCGAGAAGUUCAGGCCUGUUCUGGGCAAUCCAAUCACGGUGCCGGAUGAGAAAGUGGGCGAAGAUUUCCUUAGGAAGGUUGUUCUCCCACAUCUCGGCAACGUCGACGUGACUCCAGCUCAGAAUAACGACAAGUUCCAGUUGAUGCUCUUCAUGAUCAGAAAGCUCUAUGCUCUAGCUGCAGGCGACUGUGCUCUGGACAACCCCGAUGCCGUGUCAAAUCAGGAGAUUCUUCUGGGAGGGUUUCUGUAUGGAAUGAUCCUGAAGGAGAGUAUACACGACUGGUUAGUGGGCAUUGGAGGAGCUGCUCGAGAAUGGCUGAGGAUGAAGAACGGCUCGACAUUUGCAGACGCCAGUUUCGAUGCCGAUUUUCUUCCCAAAAUCGUGCGGAGAACGAAUGAAAACCUGGCUGGUAGGCUGGAAUACUUCCUGUCGACCGGCAACCUGGUCAGUCAGACGGGGCUCGAUCUAUCGCAGACAUCCGGUUUCACAAUCUUUGCCGAAAAGAUCAACUUCUAUCGCUUCAUCAGCCAUUUCAGAUGUAUUCACCGUGGUACAUUCUUUGCACAAUUGAAAACCACCACGGUCAGAAAACUAUUACCCGAAAGUUGGGGCUUUCUCUGCCCGGUCCAUACACCUGAUGGUUCACCUUGUGGACUGUUGAAUCAUCUGGCGCAUCAAUGUCAGGUCCAAAUCAAGACCAUUGACACUACAGGCAUCGAAAAGGCCGUCAGUCAAUUUGGACUUUACUCGGUACCCGCGAUGGAAGUGAAGGAUAGUCUGUCGGUUCAGCUGGAUGGCCGAAUACUGGGUUACUGUUCAGCGAAACGAGCAAAAGAGAUCGCCCAACUACUCCGACACUGGAAGGUCAACGGCAAGCAUAACAUCCCGACCGAGCUUGAAAUUGGGUAUGUGCCUACUUCAAAUGGAGGUCUUUACCCUGGCCUGUACCUCUUCACCGACCCAUCUCGCAUGCUUCGUCCUGUCAAAUACCUCCCCUCCGACAAGCUCGACUAUGUCGGCCCAUUCGAACAGCAAUACAUGAACAUUGCCUGUGUGGAUGCCGACAUCAUCCCGAACCUCACGACGCAUAUCGAGUACAAGCCCACCAACAUCCUCUCUAUCCUCGCCAAUAUGACACCUUUCUCCGACUUCAACCAAUCGCCCCGAAACAUGUACCAGUGCCAAAUGAGCAAGCAAGCCAUGGGCACGCCGUCGUCCAACAUGAUGUGCCGGACCGACAACAAAGCAUAUCUCCUCCAAACCGGACAAACACCGGUUGUCCGACCACCACUGUACAACGAGUACGGGCUAGACAAUUUCCCCAACGGAAUAAACGCGGUUGUGGCCGUCAUCUCAUAUACUGGAUACGACAUGGACGACGCCAUGAUCAUCAACAAAUCGGCGCACGAGCGCGGAUUCGGCGACGGAGUGAUGUACAAGACCAAAGUAUACGAACUGAAUGAGAAGUCACGAAGCAGUCGGUCCAAGACGGAAAUCAAGUCUCUAUUCGGCUUUGCCGAAGGCGACCCCAACCUCUCGACAGACGUCCUUGGAACUCUCGACCCCGACGGGCUCCCUCCGGUGGGGACGAAAGUCAGCGAAGGGUCGGUGGUACUGGCCUACCACAGCGUCAUGUUCGACCCGUCCGAAGGCAAGCUGAAGAACCUGGACGGCAAGACCAGCUUCUUCAAAUACAAAGACGCGGAAGAGGCGUACAUCGACCAGAUCCGGCUGAUCGGGUCCGAGACAGGCGACCAGCCGUGCCAAGCCAUCAGCAUCAAAUACCGGAUUCCGCGGCGCCCGAUCAUCGGCGACAAAUUCUCGUCGCGGCACGGGCAAAAGGGAGUCUGUUCCAUGCUGUGGCCCAGCCAGGAUAUGCCGUUCAGCGAGUCCGGGAUCCAGCCGGACGUCAUCAUCAACCCGCACGCGUUCCCGUCGCGCAUGACGAUCGGCAUGUUCGUCGAGUCGCUCGCGGGCAAGUCGGGCGCGCUGCACGGUCUGGCGCAGGACAGCACGCCCUUCUCCUUCGACGAGGACAACACGGCGGGCGACUUCUUCGGCGACCAGCUGCGCCAGGCCGGCUACAACUUCUACGGCAACGAGCCCAUGUACAGCGGCGUCACGGGCAAGCAGUUCGCCGCCGACAUCUACAUCGGCGUCGUCUACUACCAGCGCCUGAGACACAUGGUCAGCGACAAGUUCCAGGUCCGCACCACGGGCCCCGUCAACGCCCUGCACGGCCAGCCCAUCAAGGGCAGGAGUAAAGGCGGCGGUAUCCGUGUCGGUGAAAUGGAGAGGGAUUCGCUCAUCGCCCACGGCUGCGCCUACCUGCUGCAGGACCGGUUGAUGGACUGCAGCGACAAGCAGCGCUCCUGGGUCUGUCGCUCGUGCGGCAGUUUCUUGAGUACCAUGAUGGUUCCGAACCAGUUCACGUUGGGCAAGAAAGGCGGUCGCGUCGAGCCCAGUGGCAUCGUGCGCUGUCGUGCAUGUGCUCGCCCGGCCACCUUUGAGGAUAGCAAGAUGCUGGUCUGGGAGGAUGGCGCCGGGCGCAAGUUCGUCGGCGGUGACAAUACCACCGUCGUCAAUGUCCCUGGUGUUCUGAGGUAUUUGGAUGUCGAGCUGGCAGCCAUGGGGGUGAGGACGACAUUCCAGAUUGAGGGUUAA